CUGGUAUUCUUAGAGCAUGGCGGGGACAUGUUAACAUUGCCCCAAACUUAAAGACAAGGAUAUGUGUUGUCCUGGUGGCCGUCUUCGCUAUUCUCGGCGGAGGGAUUGUAAGAAUGAUAGUCUGAUUUCUGGAACCAAACUGUCGGGUUUUUCUAUAGCGCUCGCGAUAUUCCUGUCCUUUUCAGCAAGCUUGAUUUCAAAAAUAGGCGUCAGAUCAGCUUUCUUUGCACUACAUUGAUGAUCGACGCGUGGUGUUAAUCUAGACAAUAUUUGUCGCAGGCUUGUCCAAGGUUACAGUAGCCAGAUAAC